CAUCUGCCCCCCCCCCCCCCAGGCAGGCAGGCAGGCAGACAGACAGGCAGGCACGUACAUGCCGCCCUCGUCCCGCCAAACACCACCACACCACUCUCACACCCCCCACCUUCACCUCUGAACAGUGCUCGCUCGUCGGGUUCUGGAUUCUGCCUCCAACUCAGACCUGCAACCGCUCCUGACUUGGUCUGGUCCGGCUCGACCUGAGCUGAUCUGACCUCACCCGUCCGGCCUCUCCUGUCCCGGCUGGCCACUCACUGACGUUGACUGUGACUCGAGUCGACGACCCGACCUGGGAUCUCAUCUGCAUCUCAUCUGGCUGGCCCGAUCCGCCCUCCCGCCUGCCUUUGGCUCUGCAGCCCGCGCGCUUCUCUCUGCACCACCUCUGCAUCCUCUGCGCCCUCUACGCCUUUUGCAACGUCGCCCCGUCUCGCCCGUUGCGCAGUUCAGAUGCAUCGACGGGCCUAACGUGCGCCAGAUUCUCCUAGGUCCUUGCCACGCGCGCUAUGGAAACGGGUGACUCUGGAUCCCGCUCAAGUCUUCACCCGUCUUCUGCCCCCAACCCAGAGCAGCACCACUCGCAACCUCAACCACAGCACCACAACCACCACCGCCACCAUCAACAUCAACAGCAGCAGCAGCAUCAUCACCACCAACCCUCCCGGGCAACUCAGCCGCCGCCGCCGCCGCCGCCAUAUCCUCCUCAGCGCGAGCAGCACGACAGGCGCUACCCGCAGGAGCAGCCGCCCGCCAUGGCCACGGCCACCGUCCUCGCACCGAGCGCCCACUACCCAACUCAGACCUCGUACCCGUCCGGCUACCCCCAGCAUCCUCCGCCCGCAGCCGCCAACUCGAGCAACAUGAUGGCCACGGAGCCGCGGCGAUCGUCCGACGACACUGAGUCAACCGGUCGCCAGUCUCUACCGUCCAUUUCCGAGGUCAUCUCAGGCGCGAGGCCCGGCCAGUACCCGCCAGCCCAUCCUGGCAUGCAGUCAGGGCCGGGACUUCCCUCCCCUUUCACCCAGGGCAGCCAUCAGUAUCCGGAAGGCGACAAGCGAUCAUCACCACAACCUGUUCAUCCGGCCUCGGGCUUCCCUCAAAGACCGGAACCCUUGCCUGCCCUUACGGACUCGCCACGGCCUCCCUUCACCGGCCGCCACAGCUUGCCCCCGGUGUCCGACCGACGUCCUACGCCCCCAGCCAAACCCGAGCUCGCACAUCAGCAUACCACGAAGCCAUCCGACCCGCAUCCCCAGAACGGUGCCUAUGCACACCCGCCGCCGCCGCCUCCCCCGGCACCGACAUCUCACCCAGCCUCGCAUCCGUAUCAGCCGGGCCAGCUUCCACCUGGCCAGGUACCGCUCCCCAACUACCCCAUCUCGCCACGCCACGGUGUUCCUAUUGCCCCGGGCCACUAUGAUCCUCGCGGCCCGCCCGUGCACCCGGACGACGCAGACUACGCAAACCGAGCGCGUUACGAUCCGGCGUUGGGGCGGCAUUUUGAGACGUGGAACUAUCAGGACUCGCUGAGUCGGAUUGCGUCCUCGUCUCGCACCAUCUUCAAUUUCGCCGACGCAUAUACCCGAAUCGCACGGGAACAAAACGGAUCGCAACCCAUGCCCCAGCGGUUGCCCUCAGAUCGAGAAGUCUCAGAAAUGCUUGCAAAUGUCGAUUUGAUCAAGCGCUCUCUCGAACAGGUCAAAGACGCGGUGCAGGCGUCCAUUCAAAGCGAGAGGGCCCGCGAGGGGACCAAGGUCAAGGGCACAUACGAAGAGGACCACGAUAUGUCCAUGUACGGGGACGGCAUGAAACCCCAAUAUGCCAUGCAGCACGAGGUAAAGAAGAGACGAGGCCGAGCCGCUCCGCCUGGACGAUGCCAUAGCUGCAACAGGAUCGACACACCCGAGUGGAGGCGAGGUCCCGACGGGGCUAGGACGCUAUGCAACGCCUGCGGCUUGCACUACGCGAAGCUGGAGCGGAAGCGGCAACUGGAGGCGCGGUCCAUACGGCCGAAGCCCGAGGACCGGUCAUGAAGGAACGGACGGCGGGAGGAUGGAGCCUGCCACACCCACAGGCGCGGCCAGCCUAGGCAUGCCGGGACAAAUUAAUUAGGCCUUGACGACUGCGGCGCCCGGCGGUCCUAUGUACAUAUUUUCACCCUUCGGAUACCUUGUUUUUUGUUUGGCGGCUAGGCGGCAGGCAUUACAGGCGUUAUUUUCGCAGCCAUGUGGACUGGGAAGGCUGAGGCAGGGCAGGGACGGCCUUACAACCGUGGCUCUGGGAAUGAUUUCGUGCGGUCAAGGGGACGGGACGGCUUAGACGAAGACAGAUUUCAUCACUAGUGAAGCCGCACAUCGCGGAUCAAGACCCCAUGCAGGACAGGAACGAGAGAUUGGCACAUGGAACAAGCGUCGAAACUGUCCGUGCGGAGAGUAGUGGUGGUGUGAGGAAGCGGGAGGGGAGGUGGGUUUUCUUUGCCCUCCCUGUGUGCUGCGACAACAAUAAGCUCUGCCGACCGAUGAGGCGAUUGCGAAUCAUGACGAGGCGUACAAGGGGCGGAGGGGGGACGAGGCGCGCUCACACCCGCAGCCGGGGAAGUCUUCCGGAGAUUGCGGCCAGCCUAUGCAUGUAUGCCGGGACGUGGGCCGUUUUUUUUUUUUCGUUGCCGCUUCCCUUUGUCCCCCUUCUUUGCUUCUUUUGCUGCUUCUUUUCCACCACCGGCCGCGCAUUCCUCACAUAUACGUACGUACAUAUACAUACGGCCACGCGCGCCGCGCGCACUCUCGCACACACACACAUGGAGUGCUCCGCACAUUACUUACAUACAUAUGCACAUGCAUGUGCAUCUUCCGUGCCCGAGCUCAGGACAGUGGGCGGGCUGGGCAACGGGGAGGUCGGUCGGUAGUACCUAGGUAGCAAGGCUACCUAAGUAGGUAGGGGGGCGAGCCGGCCCACUGGACGGCCAGGCCAGAUCGUGGGCAAAUUUAUUACCCGCGCUACGUACCUUGUUGGAGCCAAAGGAGGGGGAGGAGGAGGGAGAGGGAGGCGGCAUACUAUGAUUGUGGAGGAGAAAGCACAGGGCAGCCGCCGCGUCCGUCCCGCCCACCUACGUACGUAGUACUUGACCCAGUGAUGCCCGGGCCAGGCAAAAAGGUCAGUUCGCCAUCUACACACGGCGCGGGAUGGCGCUCAUCGGAGAGGCAUGUCGCGGCCGUGGCCCCCCUCCCCCCCUCCCCCACUCGGCUGCCCGCGUGAACAACCCUCCAUGCCUCCUCCUCCCCUCUUCUCCCCCCUGCCUGCUCCUCCCC